AUGUUGGCCUAUUUUGUCUUUAUUUUGGUUAUUAUCUCAAGUGUAAGGUAAAAACAAUGCUUUAUACGGCAGUUUUUAAAUACAUCUUAUGUUUUUAUUUUUUCAUUUUUUUUAAAUUCAAAAAUUUUUAAAAAAAAUUGAAAAAUUUUUUUUAAUUUUAAAAUUUUUGUUUUGUUAUAUUAUAGAUGCUUCCCAUUCCUUGAAGAAAAGCCGCUUUUAUAUACUGGUAAAGUGAUCAAGCACCCUCCAAAUGGUACUACGGUAUGUUACCUACGUAUAACAAAUCUUUGGCUGCCCAAAGCCCUAGCCCAAAGCCCUAGCCCAAAGCCCUAGCCCAAAGCCCUAGCCCAAAGCCCUAGCCCAAAGCCCUAGCCCAAAGCCCUAGCCCGGAGCCCUAGCCCGGAGCCCUAGCCCGGAGCCCUAGCCCGGAGCCCUAGCCCGGAGCCCUAGCCCGGAGCCCUAGCCCGGAGCCCUAGCCCGGAGCCCUAGCCCGGAGCCCUAGCCCGGAGCCCUAGCCCGGAGCCCUAGCCCGGAGCCCUAGCCCGGAGCCCUAGCCCGGAGCCCUAGCCCGGAGCCCCUAGCCCGGAGCCCUAGCCCGGAGCCCUAGCCCGGAGCCCUAGCCCGGAGCCCUAGCCCGGAGCCCUAGCCCGGAGCCCUAGCCCGGAGCCCUAGCCCGGAGCCCUAGCCCGGAGCCCUAGCCCGGAGCCCUAGCCCGGAGCCCUAGCCCGGAGCCCUAGCCCGGAGCCCUAGCCCAGAGCCCUAGUCCAGAGCCCUAGCCCAGAGCCCUAGCCCAGAGCCCUAGUCCAGAGCCCUAUCCUUACCUUGAGUUAUAUAUACCCUUUUAGGUGAUAAAACUCUGGGAGAAACACUUUGGUAAAGGUGCCUUUAUCAGCCCGGAUGUAUUGCUAGCAACAGUCCCUGUAAAAGCCGACGGUUCUUAUAGCGUUCAAGCCAUGGCACACUACUACUUUUCUUUAGAUACUUAUAUGGAAAUGUAAGGGUUUUAAUAUUUUAUGUUUUGUAAAGAAAGUUCUUGGCAUUUUUUGUUUUGUAAAGAAAGUUCUUGCUAUUUGUAUUAAAAUGUACAAAAAUGUUAUUCUAACCAUAUCUCUUUCAGAUUCCACUCUUGUGGUUCACCUUGUCGUAUUGUGACAAUUGAAAGUGAGCGGAACAUCUCUCAUAUCGAGCUUUUGAAUGCUGGAAAAGUACAAUGCUAA